AUGGAGCUGAAGAGGGGAAAGACCUUCAUCAAAUCCAGCUUGCAGAUUUCCCAUGAGAAACCCCCAGACCCUGCAGCCACUGCUGUAGCCAGGGAGGAUGCAGGUCCCUGGUCAGUCUCGUUGGGAGGGCAGCAGAGACCACAUUGUGAGAAGGGUUCUGAAGCCAGCUCCAGCAUCCAAGGGUAUGAUCGGUGCCUCAACAAAGGGGCACAGACUGACCCUGAAGGAGGUCAAGCCACCUUCAAAUUGGUACGGAAGAGCAAGACUCAUGAGAGUGUUCCAGGGGCCAGCAAGGCAGCAACCACCCCAGGACAGCUGGUGGGUAGCGCAAGCUUCCCAGGGCCCUCUGGCAGCCAGCGCAUGAUUGACUACCGCCACUUUGUGCCCCAGAUGCCCUUUGUGCCAGCUGUGGCCAAGAGUAUCCCAAGGAAGAGGAUUUCUCUGAAACGGCCCAAGAAGUGCUUCCGGAACCUAUUCCACAUCCGCAGAAACAAGACAGAGAACUUGGCCUCACUGGCAGCCAAAGGGAAGAGCCUGUCCUCCCCGGGGGACCCAUCGGAUGCUGCAAGGCAGAGAGGCAAAACCUUCUUUUCCCAGGGCGAGGGGCUGGGGCUGGACGACCUGUGCCAGGACCUGUCUGACAGUGAGUUCCUGCCUGACUCACCCUUCGACCUCUGCAGUGCCCUGUGCGAGGAUGUAGCCUCCCUGAAGAGCUUUGACUCACUCACAGGCUGCGGGGAGAUCUUUGCAGAUGAGAGCUCAUUGCCACCCCUGGAGCUGAGUGAAGGCCCCGAGAGCCCAGGUCGGGUGUCCCAAGCCUUGGAAAGCAAGGAUCCCAGAGGCCCUUCCCAAGACAGUGUGGAACAGCUGGCAUCACCUGCCCAGAAUGAGGUGUUGGAUUUCACCAAGUUCUGGGACAGUGUGAAUCGCUCUGUGAGGCAGCAGCAGCGUGCCCUGCUAGGCCCGUGGCUGGUGGGUCCUCAGGGGACAAACACAGACCAACCCAGGCUGGAUGUAACUGGGUUGGCAGAGUUGCCCCUGUUUCCCUGCAGGGGCCCCCCAAGUGGCUCCAAAGCCAGCUCCGUAGACACAGGCACCCCCAAAAGUGAGCAGCCAGAAUCUGUGUCUACGAGUGAUGAAGGUUAUUAUGACUCUUUCUCCCCUGGCCUUGAGGAGGAUAAGAAAGAGGCCCCAAGCCCAGGAACACCUGCAGCUGCCUUCCCUAGGGACAGUUACAGUGGGGAUGCCCUUUAUGAGCUCUUCUAUGACCCCAGUGAGGCCCCUGUCGGCCCAAGCCUGGACGAUGACUUGUGUGUGUCUGAGAGUCUGUCAGGACCAGCCUUGGGGACACCACUGUCCAUGUGUAGCUUCCAUGUGGGGGCUGAGGAGAACCUGGCCCCAGCACCAGGCCCUGACUUGCUUAGCCAGGGCUUCCUGCAAAGCUCUUGGAAGGGCAAGGAGUGCCUGCUAAAGCUCUGUGACACAGAGCUCGCUAUCACCAUGGGCAUUGUCAACUGGCUUCGCCGAGCUCCACCUGCCCCAGCCCCUGCCCCUGGGGAGCCUGCAACCUCAUCUGGUCCACAGAGGGCCCCUAGAGGACCGGCAGAGAAGCUAGAGGGCAGCGGGGAACAGGCCUCAGAUGCAGGCAGGGCCACAGUGUGCUCAGCACCUAGCAGACAGCAGCUGUGGGCUCACCCAGGCACUAAAGGCCUGCUUGUCAAAGAGAGUAGUGUCCCAGGGGAGACUGUAAGGGGGACUGGCACCCCCUCCAAGAACUCCUCUCUAGAGGAAGAGACACAAGGCUACCCUAAUGGCUUGAUCUCCUCUGUGGGGUCUUCAGCCUCUACAAGAGACAUUUCCAGUAAAGGCAAGGCUCCCAACUCCACUGCCUGGCCUGGCUCACAGAAGGAACCCAGGCCAGCUGAGAACCUGAGGAAUUCUCAAGGGCCAUGGAGGCCAGGUCCCGGGGGAAGUGCUCUGGAUGUAGGGCCCACCUUGGCUGGCUAUGUGGCCCGCGUGGCAGCCUUGCAGAUCCACCCAGACAGCCAGCCUCCAAGGCAGGACAUAGGCAGUGGACCCUUCAGGCAGUCUCCAGCCUGGGGCCCUGACCUUCUGCAGCAGAAACAGACCAGCAGUUCUCCCAAUGGGGUAGCUGUCUGUGGCCUUCCCAUCCAGAACAGUCCACAGGACCAGAGGUGUUCAGGCCUCAUCCUGAACCUGAGCCAGCUCAAAUUGGAACCCACCAGACUGGGUGCCCAGACCUGUGCCUCGGUGGAGGGCCAGUCACUGCAGCUCAGUCCCAGGGCUGUGGCACAGGCAGGAGGACACAGGGGUCAGCUGGACUCUGAAUCUCCCUCAGGCCCUACUGCUGGGCGGAAUCCCCGGGGAUAUCCCCCAGAAAUCCUGGGCCUCACUUUGAACAGUCAGCGGUAGGUGGGCUCCUCUGCCAGUGUCCUCACAUGCCGCCACCGUCUCCUGACCCAAGAAGGCCUCCCUUGAGGCUAGUUGGAAGUUGGGGCUUCCAGGCAAACCAUGAUGGAGCCCCAUCUGUAA